AUGGACCACUGCACCCUGGGCCCCAGGAUGGACCACUGCACCCUGGGCCCCAGGAUGGACCACUGCAUCCUGGGCCCCAGGAUGGACCACUGCAUCCUGGUGAAGAAUGAGACGGUGGUAUGGUUUGUUUUCCUGCCGUGGCUCCUGUCUCCACAGCAGGACCAGCCAUCCCUGCCCUGGCUGGCCUCACCCAUCGCCCUGGGCCUGCUCUCUGGUCUGCUGCUGGGGCAUCUACUCUGCUUCCACUUCUACCUCAUGUGGAACCGUCUGAAUACCUAUGAGUACAUUGUCAGACAGAGGCAUCGCCAGGAGCCCAGAGACCUCAGUAAAGGAGGACAGGGGACCCAAGCAGCGCCUCCUAAAUCCAACCUCAUCAAGGAUGUAAGCUACUCGGGGACUCUGGGCUAUACCAACCCUGAGAUGGAGGUGGAGGAUCCUACCACCAUGGCUGCAGCGCGGGGGGGGCUAGAGUACUAUGGCAACGGCAGAGUUCAUAGUUCAUCCAGCAGGAUGGUCGAAGAGGAGCAGUUACCCACCGUCUCUACUGAGCACAGAGCUGCACCACGGAAACACAUCCAGAAGAAAAAGAGGAAAGUCCACAAAGUGCCAGCGGAGGUGAUCAACGACCGUUCCACUGAGACCAGCAGCAACAGAGACCCAGCCUUCAACACUACAGAACCUGUAGACUCCUGCAGUGUAACUCCAGUCCCCACGUCCGUGUCCCACCUGUCCAGCUCCCUGAGCCAGCACCUCUCCUUCCCCCUGCGGGCCUCCCAGCCCCCCACUAUCUCCCUACAUCCUGGUCUCCAACCUGACCCCGUGCUGCCCGCCGGGCCCCCUGCUGAGUAUCACUCUGACUCUGCAGAGUCCCUGGAGGAGAUCCCCGUGGCGUUGGCACGACUGGGCACCUCCGCCGCGGCAGGACCGUCUACGGGUAGGACUGCAGCGUCUGGGUCGUCUUCUCAACGCUCUCUACUGCUGCCUGCAGCCCGACCCCAUCCCUCGCCCCAGCCCCGGACCAAGAGGAAGUCCUCCGCACACAGCAGCAGGACAGGGGGAGGGGGGGAGCAGAGGUUUGAGAUGGCCGCCCAGCCUCCUACGGUCUACGUCAGUAGGAGUAGUGGACAGCCGGGGGGAGGAGCCCAGCACCGGGACAACAAACACAGCAGCAGACAGGCCAGUAGGAGAGGCCUGGAGCAGCCUGGUCCUGGGUCCAGCUCCAACCAUAGCUCCAGGGCAGGCACCCCAAUGGCGUAGACUAGCUCCCCCAGGAUGGACCACUGCACCCUGGGCCCCAGGAUGGACCACUGCACCCUGGGCCCCAGGAUGGACCACUGCAUCCUGGGCCCCAGGAUGGACCACUGCAUCCUGGGCUGGAGGGCUGGCUGGCUGUCUGACUGGUUGGCUGCCUGACUGGCUGGUUGGCUGGCUGACUAGCUGGCUGGCUGACUAGCUGGCUGUGUAACUGGCUGGCUGGCUGGCUGACUAGCUGGCUGGCUGGCUGACUGACUAGCUGGUUAUGUAGCUGGCUGUCUGUCUGACUGUCACGUUGUUACCUUGAUGACUAGGAUACACUGCUUUUGAUAGAGAGAAACAAUCCCUGAUGUAGCGUUGUGUCGAUACAACCUAUGAAACUAAAUAACUCAGCAGAACAGAAUGGACUGUCUGUCUGUCUGACUGUCUGACUGACUGACUCUCUGACUGACUGUCUGUCUGUCUGACUGACUGUCUGUUCUGCCUGGAAGAGCCUUGAUACCACAGUCUCCACUAUGAUUACAUCCCCAAUGGCACCCUGUUCCCUAUAUAGUGCACUACUUUAGACCAGGACCCAAUGGCACCCUGUUCCCUAUAUAGUGCACUACUUUAGACCAGGACCCAAUGGCACCCUGUUCCCUAUAUAGUACACUACUUUAGACCAGGGCCCAAUGGCACCCUGUUCCCUAUAUAGUGCACUACUUUAGACCAGGACCCAAUGGCACCCUGUUCCCUAUAUAGUGCACUACUUUAUACCAGGACCCAAGCACCCUGUUCCCUAUAUAGUGCACUACUUAAGACCAGGACCCAAUGGCACCCUGUUCCCUAUAUAGUGCACUACUUUAUACCAGGACCCAAGCACCCUGUUCCCUAUAUAGUGCACUACUUUAGACCAGAGCCCUUAGCUCAUAGGGUUCCAUUUGUAAUGCGUCCUAUAUGAUUAAAAUCCCCACAACACUAAAUGUUA